UCUGUCUGGCAGCUUUAUGGCACACAGAGGCAUCGCAGAGGAGUUGGCAUCCCUGUGCCCAGAAACCCCCCCAGCCCCUCUGCUGGGAAGGAGCAGCUGUGAGUCGAUGCUCCUCCACUGCUGGACGUUGCUGGGCUGCACCGCUGUGCUGCUGUGCCACACAUGGCAGUGCUUCCCUCCUCCUGACUGCAGUUUUUUUGUUCCCACAGGGCCGUCUGCCUUCAAAAAGUCGCUCACCCCAGAGAUGCCAGGUUCUUCAGGGCAGCCGGGCUCUCAGACGAUAAAGAAAGGGCACAGAGGAGUGGAUUCCACGGGUGAGACCACCUACAAGAAGACAACGUCAUCAGCCUUGAAAGGUGCUAUCCAGCUGGGCAUCACACACACGGUUGGGAGCUUGAGCACUAAACCUGAAAGAGAUGUUCUCAUGCAAGAUUUCUACGUAGUAGAAAGUAUUUUCUUCCCAAGUGAAGGCAGUAACCUCACCCCAGCUCACCACUACAACGAUUUCCGCUUCAAAACCUACGCCCCAGUGGCCUUCCGAUAUUUCCGGGAGCUGUUUGGGAUCCGGCCGGACGAUUACCUGUACUCGCUCUGCAGUGAGCCCCUCAUUGAGCUCUCCAACUCUGGGGCCAGUGGAUCCCUCUUCUACGUGUCCAGUGAUGACGAGUUUAUCAUCAAGACAGUUCAGCACAAAGAGGCAGAGUUCUUGCAGAAGCUGCUGCCCGGCUACUACAUGAACUUGAAUCAAAACCCAAGGACGCUGCUGCCCAAGUUUUAUGGCUUGUAUUGUGUCCAAGCUGGGGGCAAAAACAUCCGCAUUGUGGUGAUGAACAACCUGCUGCCACGUUCUGUGAAGAUGCACCUCAAAUAUGACCUGAAGGGCUCCACCUACAAGCGCAGGGCAUCCCAGAAAGAAAGGGAGAAGGUCUUCCCCACCUACAAGGACUUGGAUUUUAUGCAGGAUAUCCCUGAUGGCCUCUUCUUGGACUCAGACAUGUAUAAUGCUCUGUGCAAAACAUUGCAGAGAGACUGUUUGGUCCUGCAGAGUUUUAAAAUCAUGGAUUACAGUUUGCUGGUGGCAAUCCAUAACAUGGACCUGGCACAGAGGGAGCACGCCAUGGCAGACGGGACGUCCCAGGCCGACACGCGGCGCCCUGCGGCACAGAAAGCGCUGUAUUCCACUGCCAUGGAGUCCAUCCAGGGGGAGGCCCGCAGGGGAGGCACCAUAGAGACAGAUGACCAGAUGGGGGGCAUUCCUGCUCGCAAUGCCAAGGGGGAGAGGCUGCUCCUCUACGUGGGCAUCAUCGAUGUGCUGCAGUCCUACAGAUUUGUGAAGAAGCUGGAGCACUCGUGGAAGGCCCUUGUGCACGAUGGGGACACCGUGUCUGUGCACAGACCCAGCUUCUAUGCUGAAAGAUUCCAGCGCUUCAUGUGCAACACAGUAUUCAAGAAGAUACCCUUGAAGCCAUCCCCUUCCAAGAAGAGCCGCUCCGGCACCGCGGUUCCUCGGCGGAGCUGUCAGGGAGGAGUGCCUUCCCAGCUGCACGUGUCGUGUGAGACAAAAGCACAAGUCACGACAGAGGCAGAUGUGGAGCAAGGUUCCCACCUUGGCCGCCCGGAUCUCCUGCCCAGGACUCUGCCAGUGGACGAAGCCAACAGUGAUUCCGUCGCCACCACUUUGUCCACCUCCUCCUUGGGCAGUGGAGGUCUCCACUCACCCGCAAACAGGUCAGUGGGCGUGCAGGUGCACAAAGCCGACAGCUCAGCAAAGGAUUUCGCUAGGACUGCUGCCUUCCUGUCUAGCAGCUCCCCAGGACCGUCUGUCCCUGAGCCUUCCUCGGAGCUGAGGGAGCAGCUGGAAGAGCUGCAGGAGACAGAGAUCAGCUUUGUGAGUGCCCUCUGACGAGGGGCUGAGUGGUUCUGGGGCUGGGUGGGAGCUGGGGGGGGCAGAUCUUCACCCACCUGUGUGCAUGACGGCCCUGUCUGCCCCAUGCCACAUGCAGCUCAGCAACAUCCAGUGCCCCACAGUGCUUUGUUGGGUAAAGCAGGAGGUGAAGCAGAGCUGCUGCACUCCUGGUCACCCAGAGUGGUGGGGAUAA